CUCACCUCUCUCUUCCCUGGUCCUUCUUCCCUCUUCAUCUCCAAUGUAUAUAUACCGUCGUUGUAGCUCAAGAGACAACAGAAGAAAGCCGAUUAGCAGCAACAACGGAUUGAGUCAAAGACAGCAUAACGCUAGGCUUUACGUCGUCCAAAUUUCAGAAACAUUGUUUAUUAGGCGUUUGUGACAUCUGUUAUUGAUUUAUUGUCAUGCCUGACCUUGUGCGUGAGAGGCUCUUCAUUGGAAAUAUUGGUGAUGCAGCAGAAGUUCUACAAAAUGGUGGCUCAGAGAUCACACAUAUGCUAUCGGUUCUUAGUUCUGCGUCGAUUUCAUUUUUUUCUGAAUGGCGCAGUGGAUUGACAAUCCCCACCAAAGAAAUUAAGAAGGUAUAUGUAGGUGGGACGGGCUGUGAUUCACCUUCUGAGAGUGACUAUGUUGAUGGGUCGAAGAGUUCUUUAUCACCUGAGAAGCUCUUGUACUCGUUGGAAUAUGCUGGAAAGGAUUUGAAGGUGGUGAGGAUGGCAGUGCCACUGAGAGAUAUGGAAAAUGAGGAUCUGUUGGAUUAUUUGAACGUGUGCUACGAUUUCAUUGAGCGGGGUAGAAAUGAGGGAUCUGUUCUGGUGCAUUGCUUUGCUGGAGUAUCUAGAAGUGCUGCCAUCAUCACAGCAUAUCUUAUGAGAAAGGAACAGCUAUCUCUAGAAGAUGCCCUUGGUUCCUUACGACAAAGCAGUGAAUUUGUCAGCCCCAAUGAUGGAUUUAUGGAGCAGUUAAAACUGUUCGAGGAAAUGGGUUUCAAGGUUGAUUAUGCCAGCCCUAUAUACAAGCGUUUUCGCCUGAAAGUAUUGGGUGAGUCCUAUAACCGUGGGGAAAAAAUCAACAUUUCUAAACUUGGAGCAGAUCCAGGAUUGUCCCGUGAAGUUGUUUCCGAGGUACAGUCAUCCCAACAGGUAGAUCGUUCCAUUGCAUGUGCAUACCGCUGCAAGAAAUGUCGAAGACUGGUUGCCUUGAUGGAAAAUGUGGUGGAUCACAUUCCUGGGGAAGGUGAGACGUCCUUUGACUGGUAUAAGAGAAAAAGUGGAAACCCUUUUCACAAGUCAGAGGAACCUGAGUGUUCAUCCAUUUUUGUCGAGCCCCUUCGGUGGAUGACAGGAGUUGAAGAAGGUGCAUUGGAAGGAAAACUAUCUUGUGCUCAUUGCGAAGCUCGUCUUGGUUACUUUAAUUGGUCAGGCAUCCAAUGUAGUUGUGGAAGUUGGAUCACCCCAGCAUUUCAACUUCAUAAAAGCCGAGUCGACAUCUCAACUGUCUAGUACUUUCUCGGGACAGAGGUUUCGUAAUGCCAAACAAGGAUGACUAUAAUCUCUCUGUUCUCAUAUGCGUAAUGCAGAUAGUAGAUUGAUACUAUAUGCCUCCUGCCAUUAGGGAAAGAAACUACAUACGGGUUUUGGCAAUUCUGCUUCAUGUAUAUUCUCUGCCACUCGCAAUGAGAUGGAAGAUCAAAUGGGGGAGAUAUCUUGUUCACUUUAUUAUGCCUCUCAUGUGAUUCCAAGUUUCUAUGUCACUAGUUUGAGUUGAUAUUAUUUUAUGUAUGAGUUUCAAACACAUCCAGAGAAAGGGUUCAAAUGUGCGUGUUGUCGACUUCUUGAGUAACAUUUUUUUUCUUUUCUGUUUGUCAUUUUAAACAUAUAGCAUUCGAUUGCCAUCCAGGUUUUGUGAUCUUAUUCAGAAAUGUUAGAUUGUUGCGAGUUAUUAAUUUGCAGGCCCUGUAAGCAUAACUUUCAGCCCUGAAGCUGGGCAAUAAUGUGUUCUUAUUUAUUUAUUUA